GUGCGGCUGAACACUAGUGGAUGCUCUACCCAGAUUAGGGAUGACGCGACGGAGGACCACGGCGACAAGACUGCCUCGUCUCGCCUAGCAAGGUUCUUUUCCACGCAGCUGUGCCCAGUUCCUACGAUUCUAGGCCCGAUCCGAUAUGAUGGAUCCCUCAAAUCCUGCAGUCUCUUUUAAAUACGUGGAGGGUCCCCUCAUUUCCUCCCGCAAACUUCCAAGUUCAAACAAACCGGACAACCUAAGACGAGCCUCCGCGACGGCAAUCGAAGCGAAAACAUGUCUCAAGUCAAUAGUUCGGCGGCAUACACAUCGGGGGGUGACGGUACAGGGCCCCUAAUCGUCCACACCCCUCUGUGGGUUACCAUCGUCCGCGGUUUCCAGGCAUUCUUCGCCUUCCUCAUCCUGAUCCUCGCUGGUCUCCUCAUCCACGGACUCGCCCUGGAUGCGGUCGUCUUUGGUCUUGUCUGCGCUCUCUUCACCUUCAUCAUAGUCACGUAUGCGCUCGUCUCCGAGAAGGCGGCCAGCUGCCAGACCGCCUACAACAUCUGGGCGAUCCUCUCGCUCGACCUCUUCAUAGCCAUCUUCUGGCUGUCGUCCAUGGGCGCCAACGCCGCCCUGCGCGCCGCCUUCACCGUCAGCGUGAACGCGAGCUGCUAUAACGACGGGAGCGCCAUCAAUUCAGGCCACUGCAUCGUGUCAAGGCAGGAGAACGGCCUGCAGAAGAGAUAUGCCGUCGCCAGCAAGGCGGGCUUGGCGGAAAUGAGCGCCAUCGCUGGGUUGAGCGCUCUCGAAAUGCUCCUCUUCAUUGCGACACUUGUGUUCAACGGCCACGCCUUCCGCAUGUACCACCAGGAGAAGAAGGGUCAGGUCGCCGACAACAGCACCGUUGAGAUGAAGCCUCAGUACGACCCGGCGCAGCAGCCUGGCGCCCAGCAGUACCCGCAAUAUACCGACCAACAACAGUAUCCAUCGCAGGCCUACCCGCAACAGCAGGCCCAGCCUCAGCAACAGCAGCCGUACGAUGACACGGCGUACGCCCAACAGCAGCAAUAUCCCCAGCAGCAAUAUCCCCAGCAACAAUAUCCCCAGCAGCAGUACGCCCCAACCACAUACCAGGCCCCCGUCCAAGAUCCGUCUCAAGGGUACUCGGGCGGGUAUGCCCAGCAGACGCCGGAUCCCUUCCAGCAGCACCCGUACAGCCCCCACGGCACGCCGGCGCAGCAACAACCGCCCUACCACCCGCCUCAGUGAGCGGCGGGGUUCCGGUAGGGGUAUGCAGGGUGACGACUGCAAGGAGGUGCGAUUUUCGUAUGAUAGAAACCUGCGUGUGUUAGCGAGCUUCCGGUUCGAGGGUUAUUCUGGGUAAUUAAUAC